AUGUUGAACCGCGUUCAAAAAAGUGUUCUAAGGUCUGCGAGAUCGUUUGCAUCGGUUUCAGAGCCACCAGUUAGAGGAUACGGCGGUUUGAAAGAUCAAGAUAGAAUCUUCACUAACUUGUACGACCGCCACGACUUCAGCCUCAAAGGCGCAAUGAGUCGUGGUGACUGGCACAAGACGAAGGAAAUUGUCUUGAAGGGUGACCAGUACCUUAUCCAAGCCGUUAAAGACUCAGGACUUCGAGGCAGAGGUGGCGCUGGUUUCCCUUCAGGCUUGAAAUGGUCCUUCAUGAACAAGCCUGGCUGGGAUAAAGAUUCCAGACCUCGCUACUUGGUCGUCAACGCUGAUGAAGGUGAACCAGGCACCUGCAAGGACAGAGAAAUCAUGCGUGGUGACCCACACAAACUCAUUGAAGGCUGUUUGGUUGCCGGCAGAGCUAUGAAUGCCUCUGCUUCUUACAUAUACAUCCGUGGUGAAUUUUACCACGAGGCCGUCAGACUCCAGCAAGCCAUCGACGAAGCUUACAAAGCUGGUUUGAUAGGUGAAAACGCCUGCGGCUCUGGCUACAAGUUCGACGUCUUCAUCCACCGUGGUGCCGGUGCAUACAUUUGCGGUGAAGAGACUGCGCUUAUUGAAUCUAUCGAGGGCAAGCAGGGUAAGCCAAGGCUUAAGCCUCCAUUCCCUGCCGAUGUCGGUGUUUUCGGUUGUCCAACCACUGUCGCAAAUGUAGAAACAGUGGCAGUUGUUCCAACCAUUGUUAGAAGAGGUCCUUCUUGGUUUGACUCGUUCGGCAGAGACAGGAAUUCAGGUACAAAAUUGUUUGCCAUUUCUGGACACGUCAACAACCCAUGUGUCGUCGAAGAAGAGAUGUCGGUGCCCCUGAAGGAACUCAUCGAGAGACACUGCGGUGGUGUCAAGGGCGGUUGGCAGAACCUCCAGGGCAUAGUACCUGGUGGUGCAUCUGUGCCUGUCAUCCCAAGAGAUGUUUGUACCGACGUUCUCAUGGAUUUCGACUCUCUCAAGGAUGCUCAAACAUCCCUCGGUACUGGAGCAAUCAUCGUCAUGGAUCAGUCCACCGAUAUGGUCAAAGCUAUUUCGAGAUUCGCAAAGUUCUACAAACACGAGUCAUGUGGACAAUGCACACCAUGCAGAGAGGGUACUUCGUGGAUGUACAACAUGAUGAACAGAUUCGAGAACGGCCAAGCUGCCAAUAGGGAGAUUGACAUGUUGGUUGAAUUAUCCAAGCAGAUUGAAGGUCACACCAUCUGCGCACUCGGUGACGCCGCAGCGUGGCCAAUCCAAGGUCUCGUUAGACACUUCAGACCACAGAUGGAGCAGAGAAUCAAAGAAUUCCAGCGCGAGAAUGGCGUCGUUAUGUACGGUGGUAAGCUGCUCAAAGACCAUAACCCAAACAUUGCUAUUCCUGAUAACAGAGGUGCUUCUAUUCCUCCACCAGCAGCUGCGUAA